CUCUUGACGCGGACGGGAUUACGCAACGGUGUUUGUUGACAGAUUGUACAGCACCAAUUUUUGCAAAAUAUGCAUUGAAUAUGAACUAGAAAUACUUGAAUACAAUUCUAUAUAUGAAACAAUUACCAGAUAAACCUCCAUUCAUUGAUGGAUUGAGUUAAAUGGGACAGAUUGAAUGAAAUUAAAACCAAAACUUAGCUGUGAAGGUCAUGAAUGCUAAAUAUUCUGUAGGCAGGGGAAUUUCCUCAGGUUUGCAAGGGACUAGCAUUUUAUACAGUCCAUUCUGUAUUGGCCAGACACGAUGGUCAUCAAAUCAAAGCAAACAGAAAUCACCUUCAUAUUAUUAUGAUAUCCUUGGAAUAACCCCAAAAGCUAACCAGCAGCAAAUUAAGCAAGCUUACUACACCAUGUCGAAGAAAUAUCAUCCAGAUGUCAGUCCAUCUCCCGAGGCCCACCUCAAGUUUCAAGAAAUUUCUCAGGCAUAUGAGGUAUUAGGAAAUUCGUCAACAAGAAGAAUGUAUGAUCGAGGUGUCAAUAGACCCGAAUAUGCUAGAAGAAAAGAAGAACAUCAUUCUGACCACAAAGGUGGUCAAUUUUAUCAACAACAAGGCUUUGCUAAAAGGGGACAAAGGCCAAUGACUGGGAGAACAUCGAUUUAUGACUUUGAUGAAUAUUAUAGAAUGCAUUAUUCUGAUAACUUUAAAAGGAAGCAAAGAGACAUUGAAUUUGAAAAUCUUAAGCAAAAAAUUCAUGAAGAAAAUAUGCAGAUGCACAAUGAUUUUAAACCUAUAUUUUCUUUCUCUGUGGUUUUAUGUAUAGUUUGCUCAAUAAUGUAUUCUUUAAAUACAUAAAACAUUAGGUAAUAAGAUGAAUUCAAUAACUUUAUUAUGUUUAUAUAGUACCCUGUAUAUAUAUAGUAUACGUUUGUACAUGAACAUGAACAAAUGUACAUUAUAUAGUAAAAUAAGAUAUACAUGUACGUUGAAAAUGGUAAAGUUUCCACAGGUUUUAUUGUCUAGCCUGUAACAGUGUUUUCAUGAUUUUACAAUAAACAUAUGCAGUUAAAGUCUUCAUCUAAUUCUUAAUAAACAUGAUAAAAAGUAAAAAUAAUAUACAUUGUACGAUAUUUAUCAAAUUGAGGUAGUAAAAAAUUUAAUUCUCUCAGAUAUUUUUUAAGCCUAAUCUAAAUUUUAACUAAUACAUAAUAGAAUGUUUUAUACAUGUUCAUUUUCAUUCUUUACAGUUUAUGUUGUCUCCCUUUAGUUUUAAAACAAAACUAUGACUUCAACAAGUCUAUUAGUGUUAAGCUGAAAUGUUUUACCUAAAUCAAAAGUAGCAUUAAAAUGUAUUGACUUCUUCAAGUCUAUAAGUAAAGUUAUUGAUAAAAUGUUAAAAACUGAUCAAUUGAUUUUGAAGGGGUGUAGGCAUACCUUUACAAAAAUCAUGUUUAUGCAUAUACCAUUAUACUGUUACACACUAUUAUAAAUAUAUAAUAUCAUAUUUACUUUUAUCAUGUUUAUGAUCAUGAUGAUAAGAAUUUCUGCAAAAAUAUCUAAAAAAUUAUGAAAAAUGACAACUGAUAUACAAUGGUAAAUAUUCAUUAAAAAUGUUUUCACUGAGUGAAAGUUUUAAGGAUUAUGAGUUAUUAUGAUAAAUAUGUACAUUAAUGUAAUGUUAUAUUAGAAGAAUUGGUCAUUUAUUUUUGUUGAUACCAUGUAUUUUUUUUAUUAAAUUUACUUGUGAUAAUGUAUCAUACCAAAAAAUAUCUUAAGAUUUAGAGACUAUUUUUAGGUUUUAUUUUCAUAAUAAUUAUUAAAUUUGUUCUUUCCAGAAGAAGAUAACAAGUGAAUUAUCGAACUGUUUGUGAUACCAAAGUUUAGAUCAAGUAUGAACCAUUUAAGUACAUUUGUAUAAGUAAUAAUAAUUAAUAAAUGAUUAAUUAUUUUAUUAUAGUGUCACAUAUUGAUUGACAAUUAUUUCAAAUCACAGUAUUUAAUAAAACAAUCAAUACCCAGUCAUAAAUUUGACGCAUGAAACACUUGGCCAAGUUUUAAAAAAAACCAAGGAUUUGUAUUGAAUUGCUCUGAAAAUACAUUUUUUUAAUCAUCUACAGGUGUAAAAAUUGUGAAAAUCAAUCUUUGAUGUUCCAUGGUUGUUAAUUAAAUUAUAUUUGAUUGAAUACUUUUGAAAUUAUAAUAAUACUUUUAAUUAGUUAAAAAACAAAACCCUUAUAAGUCAUGUAAGUUUUAUCCUAGAAGUGUUUCACAAAGUGACCACAAAGGGAAUUGUUUUUGGAGCAUAAUGUUGGUUUUAAGAGGCUGUCCAAGUGAAUAUCGGGCAAAUCCUAUAAGCUAUGAUAUGGAUGGCACAACGUAAUUUUUUUCUUACUGAAUUUUUUGUUCCAUUACAAUGUUUAUAUCAUACAAAGGAUAUAUAUAUAAGUGUCAAAAAUAUUUUUGAAUCAACAGUGGAUGGCUCAGAAAAUGAUUUUAAAGUUCCCUAACAAUGCAACAGAAUUUUGUACAAAAUGAAGAGUUAUCUCCCCUUUUCAAUGAAUUGUCAGUGCUUUCUAUGUAUUUUUUUUCUCUUUAUUUGUUGCAGUUAAUAAAAAAAAACUAAAUUUAACUUUAAAGAAGAAUGAAUUUGUGAUAUGAAAUAGAUGAAAAAAAAUUGAAAACAAAAUAUGUCAUGUGCCAGUCACUGCCUGGUAUUUCCAUGGACACCCUAAAAUAAGUUCUGUUUUAUACACAUUCUACAGGUACAUGUAUAAAAUUUGUAUCUAUAGUGAAAAAAUGAAAUAGUACACUGUAAAACUAUUUUUACUUGUUUAUUUUAUUAUAAUAUGUACAUGAAAAACAAUUUUAUUUCAGGAACAUUUUUGCUUGCUGAAAAUUGUGGUGUCAGAUCAGAAAAUAUUUAUUAAUUGUUAUGUACAGAUUGUACUGAAAAAUAAAUUGUGGCAUUGAUUGUUAUACAAAAA